GGCAGACGCGCCGCGAUGGUGGGCCGCGACAGCCGCUCGGAGAGCGCGGCGCGCCCCUGGGCGCCGCGGCAUGAGUAGCGCGCCAGCCCGGCCCGGCCCGCGCGCCCGCCAUGGCGCAGGCCGCGCCCGCGCCCCAUCGCACCCACUCCUUCGCGAAGAAGACCUUCCACAAGCCGACGUACUGCCACCACUGCUCGGACCUGCUGUGGGGCCUCAUCGGGCAGGGCUACGGCUGCGAAGUCUGCAACUUCAUAGUGCACGAGCGAUGCGUGGGGCAAGUGGUGACGCCGUGCUGCGGGGUGGCGCCGAGCCUCAUCAAGAACCCAGUGGCUCACUGCUGGUCAGAGCCCACACACCACAAACGCAAGUUCUGUACGGUGUGCCGGAAGCGGCUCGAUGAAUUACCAGCUCUACAUUGCAUGAUAUGCGAGUACUACGUGCACGGAGAAUGCGUAGACUUCGCUGCAGCCGACUGCAAGGAGAACGCGACCUACUGCGCGGGCAGCGAGCCGCGCCACGUGCACCACUGGCGCGAGGGCAACCUGCCCGCGAACAGCAAAUGCUCUGCGUGCCGGCGGGCCUGCUGGUCCGCCGAGUGCCUCACGGGCUACCGCUGCGAGUGGUGCGGCAGUACGUGCCACGCAGGAUGUCGCGCCCUCAUACAGGACGAUUGCAACUUUGGGAUGCUGCAGCCGAUCUUCUUACCACCGUCGGCGGUGUCUAUCCCGCGCACGGAGGUGCCCAUGGAAGCCAUCAUCGGCGUGCACGUGCGACCGCCGCCUUCGCAGCGGGACUUCGGCUGCCCGCGCGCUGGCGGAUGGGCGCCGGCGCGGCUGGUGACGCUGGCGCGGCGCCUGCUGCCCGCCGCCUGCAGCCCGCACGGUGGCGCUUCGCCCCCCUACUCCAGAGCUCGCAGCGUCAGCGAGGAGUUCAGUUCCGGCUGCGAGGGCCGUUCGGGCUCCGGCGGCGGCUCCACGGGCGCUCCCGCCGACCAGGACCACCGCCCGGAUCACAAACAGCAUCGGGACAGGACCCCGGAUGAUCGAGAUGAAGAAGUGGUGAAGGUGUACGACGGCGAGGCAGCUUGGUCCCGGCGGCUGUACCGGCCUGUAGUAGUGGGUCGCAACUGGAAUGAGCGCGAGCUGGUCGCAGCAGCGCUACGUGCCUUCCACGUGGCGCGCGACCCCGACCUCUUCGAGCUCACCGACGCACUGGCCGGCGACGAGCCCCCGCUUAGGGACCCCACGCCCCUCGCGCAUGUUACACGCCUUCCCAACAAGAGACCGGCACUCUUCUUACGAUUCAAAGAACCAGAGAGUGGUGGUGGAGAGGUACGAGUGUACCCGGGGCGGGUAGCGGGCGCUGGCGAGACGUUUGUGACGGUCGGCUGUACCGGCGAUGACGCCGUGGCCGACCUGAUGGCCGCCGCGCUCGAACGGUUUGGACUCGACCCCGCGCGGGCCGUGCAUGACUAUCGUUGCUCAGAGAUAUUGCUGGACCGGGGAGUGUCGGAGCGCGUGCUGGAGGAGGACGAGCGUCCGUGGCGCAUCGUGGUGCGGCUGGCGCGCGAGUCCGUGCGCCGCAUGGAGCUGGCGCGCUUCUACCUGCAGCCGCGCCGCGACCCGCACGGGCCCACGCUCGCGCUCUUCGUCGCCUCCCUGCCGCCCGGCCUCUCCGAGAGGAACUACGAGAACAUCUUGGUCGAGUUCCUGGGUGCCGAUAACAAGUUCACCUCGAUCGGCCCGAUCUACUACGAGUACGGGUCGAUGGUGAUCACGUAUGAGGACGCGAGCAAAGCGGUGCGCGCGCUUUAUGCGCUCAGAGAGGCCAAAUAUGAAGAUAAGCAUUUAUUGGUGAUGUUGUUGCCGAGCAUCGAGCCUUCGAUGGUGCCGGCGGGCGUGAAGCCUCUGCUGGUGUUCGUUAACGUUAAGUCUGGAGGCUGUCAAGGCCUCGAGCUCAUUUCUUCCUUCCGCAAACUCCUAAACCCCUACCAGGUGUUUGACCUUGAAAAUGGAGGUCCGCUGCCUGGAUUGUACGUGUUUCGUCACAUUCCCAACUACAAGAUCCUAGUGUGCGGUGGCGAUGGCACGAUCGGCUGGGUGCUGCAGUGUCUCGACAACGUCGGGCAGGACUCGCAGUGCUCCAACCCGCCUUGUGCCAUCGUGCCGCUUGGCACUGGCAACGACUUGGCCCGCACCCUCCGCUGGGGCUCCGGCUACACUGGUUGCGAGGACCCUCUGUCGUUGCUGCGUGACGUCAUAGAUGCCGAGGAGAUCCGCCUCGACCGCUGGACUGUUGUCUUCCACCCCGAGGAUAAGCAGGACGAGCCUAAGGAGCUCUCCAAGCAACUACCUGCGUCUGUGACCACAGGAUCACAGAGCGAGGACAACUCGCAGAUCCUCGUGAUGAACAACUACUUCGGCAUCGGGAUAGACGCGGACCUCUGCUUAGAUUUCCAUAAUGCUCGUGAAGAGAAUCCUAAUAAGUUUAAUAGCAGGCUCAGAAACAAAGGUGUGUACGUGAAGAUGGGACUCCGGAAGAUGGUGGGGCGCAAGAUGUGCAAAGAUUUGCACAAAGCCAUUCGUCUGGAGGUGGACGGCAAGUUAGUCGAACUGCCCCAGCUAGAGGGCAUCAUCAUUUUAAAUAUACUCAGCUGGGGUUCAGGUGCCAAUCCAUGGGGCCCGGAGAAGGACGAUCAGUUCAGCAAGCCCAACCACUGGGAUGGCAUGCUGGAGAUCGUGGGCGUCACCGGCGUCGUACACCUGGGACAGAUCCAGUCUGGCUUGCGAGGCGCCAUGCGGAUAGCGCAAGGUGGCCACAUCAAAAUCAACCUUAAGAGCGAGAUCCCCGUGCAGGUGGACGGCGAGCCGUGGGUGGCGGCGCCUUCCGAGGUGGUGGUGCUCAAGUCUGCGCUCAAGGUAACUACAUCCACCACUUACGUACUCCUACUACUAGACAACGAGGGUUGAGACAUCGCUCAGUGUGACACGAACCAUGCUGUUUCCCUAAGAGUCCAUUUCAAGGUCGACGUGUUGAGCCUCAUCAGCUCAGUGGGUGCUCCAGAAAGUUUACUAGUGUAAGUCUGGCGACGCAAGCAAUCUCCCGCUAUUGGGCAAGGAUCCCAUACACAGCGCGCCACGUAUUGUACCGCUCAACUCUCGUUGGUCGUAAGCUCCAGUCAGUGUUUGCAUGUGCUCGCUUGCCUGGGCCCGCACACGGCUCCAAUUUUAAAGCUUAUUUAAAACAUUUUAAAUACUAUUUCUUAAACUUUAUUCAAAUCAAAAGCUUCAUUUGAUCAGCUGGAUGCUCGGUCUAGGUUCACAUUGUCUUCAAAUACAUUUUAUUCAUAUAAAAUGAUAAAAUUCAAUUUAACUUAACCGGUCUCAUAUUAUUCUUACGAGUUGAGUAAUAGAUGCAGCCGAGCCUAGAUGAUGAAGCGAAGCUUUGCAUAAUAAGAUGUACCGCCCCGAGUCACGUAUCGCCCGAGCACUCAAACUCCACUCAGCACCGAUGUUACCACUAGUUAUACCGAGCGGCGACGUGGCCUGGCCCCGGCCCACGUCGCCGCUCUAGCCCGAGCCCGCCUCCGGCCGGAAGCCCUACGUACACCUGACAUACCGCAGCAACACCGGCACGCGCGGGUAACUACGGUCAGUCGAUCGCACGCCAGUUUCCGGCACUCGUACGCUUCGACCGAACUUUGGAUCUACCGCUUUGUACAUAACGUUAGCGAGGCACGGCUGUAGUAGCACGGCGGCGUCAGGUGUACGUAGCGCGGGGAGCGGGGCGGUGCGGGGCGGUGCGGGGGGCGGGCGGCGCGUGACGUGCGUGUGCUGCAGGCGACCAUGCUGAAGAAAACCAAGCGCGGGUCCGCGGGCGCGUCGUCGGCGGCGGGCACCUGACCGCUCGCGCCCCGCCCCGCCGCUGCCAGUCGCGCCCCGUCCGCAGGCCACCAUGCUGAAGAAGCGCGGCAAGGUGCGGCGCCGCAACACGGAGCCAAGCAUGCCGCGCUCGCCGGAGCGGCCCGAGCGGCCCGAGCGGCUCGAGCGGCCCGAGCGGCCCGAGCGGCCCGAGCGGCCCGAGCGCGCCGAGUUGCGCGAGCGCCCCGAGCGGGCCGAGCGGGCCGCCGACUCCUGAAUCUGGCUGAGCGAGCGCCUGAUCUAACGCGCCCGCCCGCCCGGGGCUCAGGGCGGGCGCGCGCGGGCGCUCGCUGCGCCGCGUGCCUGGCUGCCACGCGGCUCGCUGUCCGCCGCACCUCUCGUGUAUAUAAAUUUAAAAUCAAAAUAUAUAAACAUAAAUAUAAAAAGAAUAAAAAUACUAGGUGAUAGAACAGUUGUUUUAUUUAGAAAAAAUAUUUCACAUAAUAUAUAUGCAAAAAGAAUGUACAUUAAAUGAAUUUAAUGAAGACG